CUUGCCAUUCUGUAAUUACACACGAGUUCAGGCGAGCAACAGGAAGGCAGGAAGAACAUUGGACUUGGACUUGGACAGGCAAGGACCCAAGACUCAACCAGCACAAGGACGUCCAACAAGUUGUCUCCAAGACCAAACCCUCAGAGCGUACUUUGGACUCAAACACAACUCAAACCCCACAUACCACACGUCUCUCUCUCUGUCCGUCGCUCUUUGACUGUCAGCCGCAGCACAGAAGGGGCCCCACACACACACACACACACACACACAGAGAGAGGAGAGUAAGCAGCAAAACGGCAGCCGUGGAUACCAAAGCGCUGCGCAGUUCAGCCGCCACUGUGAAAGCGACAUCGACGCCGUCGCUGUCGCUGUCGCUGCCGCCGGCACUGGCACCGGCAACGGCACCGGCACUGUCGCUGGCAAUCUGUCAGCCGCCCCCACCCACACCGCCCUAUCAGCGGCUAACCAAAGCGCUGCAAUGCGAUCCCCGCUGCGGACACGAGGUGACCAUUGGCCGUCGCAUUGGUCUGUACAGAUUCUGUGGCGACAUCGGUCGCGGCAAUUUCUCAAAAGUCAAACUGGCUGUACAUCAGCUGACGCGUGACAAAGUGGCCAUUAAGGUGGUGGAUCUGGAUCGGGCUGGACUCGAUGCCAAGGCGCUGCGCAUGCUGUCCAGCGAGAUAGCCACACUCGAGUGUGUUCAUCAUCCAAAUAUAUUAAGGCUCUUCGAGGUGGUUGAGACUUUAGGCCGUGUCUAUUUGGUCACCGAGUGGAUACGCGGCGGGGAACUCUACAACCACAUCACCCAAGGCGGCCCACUGAGGGAGAUUCAUGCGGCGCCUCUGUUCAAACAGCUGCUGCUGGCUGUCAAGCAUAUGCACAGCCUUGGCUAUGUGCAUCGCGAUAUUAAGGCAGAGAACGUGCUGCUCCUUUCAGAGGAUCGCCUGAAGCUGGCCGACUUUGGCUUCAGCACACAACUCAUUAAUGGUGCCAAUCAGAAGCUCGAUACAUUUUGCGGCUCACCGCCAUAUGCCGCCCCCGAGCUCUUCUCCGAUGAUCAUUAUAUAGGCGCACCCGUGGAUGUUUGGGCCCUGGGCAUUCUGCUGUACUUCAUGGUCGUUGGCAAUAUGCCAUUUCGAGCGCCCACCAUACCCGGCCUCAAGGCAGCCAUUUUAAAGGGGGACUAUCUGCUGCCGGGACAACUCAGUUUGCCCUGCAUAAGACUAAUUCAACGUGUUCUUAUUCACAUACCCGCCCAGCGGCCCACCAUCGAUGACAUGCUGAACAGCCAGUUUGUGACGUGCCCCAAGCUGAGCGCCGAUCUCAUGCAGUACGAGAUCAAUCUGCACAGCAAGCCCGCUAAGCGCUCCAUCUUCUGGGUGCGCACCAAGUCGCAUCGCCUGAGAAAGUCCGCCUCGCUGCGGGACCGCUAUGCGGAGGUGGUCAAGAAGCCGGCCAUUAGCAUGAAUACGCGCCAGCAGGACGAGAUGUUUGUGCAGAACUUUCUGCAGCCAAUUGAGCUGGGGCACGAGCUGCUGCUGCUGCAGGCGCCCAACCCCAACCUGGUAAAGGAGGCAGCCGUUGAGCCGGUGAAGCGUCCGGGUCGCCGUUAUCUAUUAUGCGGCACGCUCAAGAAGAAGGUCACGCCCAUGGAGACGGAGCCCGAGAAGCAGCUGUCGAAUGGCGGACAGUGUCCCGCGGGCAAGAUAAAUCCCUGGAAUGUGGAGGUGGCCGAGGAUUGUCCACUGUUCAAGAACUACGACGCAGAGACGGGCAGCUGUGUAAUGCUGCCCACCGCCACCGAAGAUCUCAGCCAGCUGGGCGCCCUGGAGUUUGAGGCACGCCAGCUGCUGGCCGAGCUGGGCCUCUCCUCGGAGAUGCUGCUCAAUGCCCGGCAGAGUGGGCCACGCUCGGACAUCAUUGGAGCCUAUCGCAUUGUGGUCAAUCGGCUGCAGAAGCAGUCCUGGCUGGCACGCAAACAUGUCGAGAUGGCACUGCAUACUGAGCCCAAGGUGGAGAAGCGCAUCGAGCGCUCCUGCUGUAUACUCUAAGAAGGGGGGUGCUAAAAACCUGUUGAAUGUUUUAAAUUACUCACCUGGUUCUGGUCAAGCUUUGGUUUGUGUGCCGUGCCCCCUGAAGAAAGGUAAAACUCGUUUGUCCAUAGCAUACUUAGUGGGGCAGCAGCAAAGGAUUUUUAAUUUGAAAGAAAGCCACGAAAAAUGUUUUUAUUUUGGCAUUAAAAAAUGUUCUAAAAUUUAUUUAAAGCAUGCUCAAAAUUCAACAGAGAGAUCUGGCUGGCAAGUUAAAGAUCUCACUCACUUUUCAGCAGAUUUUGGAGUGUGGAACUUUAUAAACCAAAUUUAAAAAUAACAAAAAUCUCUGACAAGCUCCCUCCUCCCACUUGUAUCUCGUUUCUGCACUGCCCAAACGAAAACAUGCUUAAGGCUAGCCCCACAAAAUUUCCACUAGAUAUUUAUGCUAUGGAAGAAGGCCUUUCUUUGGUGUGGGGGCGGGGCAUAGUUUCAGCCACAGGACCUGCCACAGGCCAUGCCCAAAUUAGUGUCAAUUUUUGCCAGCUGCAAAAGUCGGUAGAAGUUCUUUGAUUGUUAGUGUGACUCGUUUUUCCUUUUUCCUUUUUGGUUCCUCAUUAACGCAGCAUAGCGUGAAAGUUCCUUAUUUCCGUGUAGUUUUUGUGUUUGUUACAGCCGCAGGCGCAUAGUGAAAUUGAUAUAUAAAAAUACAUACAUACAUAUAUAUAAUAUACCUACAUAUAGUUAUACCAGACAUACAUACACAUAUAUAGUCCAAGUAUUAUGUAUUUAGUUGUUGGUCCAUUUUUGAGCAUAAAAAUAUACAAACGAAUAUACGAAUAUGAAAUAUGAAUAUAUGGCAUACAUUAAUGUGAAAAAAUCUCUCAAUGUACAACGGUUGCAUAAAAAUGUUUAAUUGAUCAUCAAAAAG